AUGGCAGAUCAGUUGACAGAUGAUCAGAUCUCUGAGUUCAAGGAGGCCUUCAGCCUAUUCGACAAAGACGGCGAUGGUUGCAUCACGACCAAGGAGCUCGGUACUGUAAUGAGAUCCUUGGGGCAGAAUCCGACUGAGGCCGAGCUUCAGGACAUGAUAAACGAGGUUGAUGCCGAUGGUAAUGGAACCAUUGACUUCCCGGAGUUUUUGAAUCUUAUGGCCAGGAAAAUGAAGGAUACCGAUUCUGAGGAGGAGCUUAAAGAGGCUUUCCGUGUUUUUGACAAGGAUCAGAAUGGUUUCAUCUCUGCUGCUGAGCUGCGCCACGUGAUGACCAAUCUUGGUGAGAAGCUGACAGAUGAGGAAGUAGACGAGAUGAUUAGGGAAGCUGAUGUUGAUGGUGAUGGACAAAUCAAUUAUGAAGAGUUUGUCAAGAACUUUUGCCGGUCCAACUUCCUUAUGUGUCACCACUGA